AUGUCUACCUCGCUUCUGUGCUCUCUGACCAAGCUCCAUUUGGAAGAUAUGUAUGGCGUCUUCGACACCGCGGCAGAGUUGAUCAACGGAUUGAGAUCGAUGCCACGGCUCCAGGAACUGCGCAUGCACGACGUCUCGGUCCUUGGUAAUGAUCUGGAUACCAAGGAGGCAUCUCACGAGCAUAAUCCUCUUAUCCUGGCUCAAUUGCGAGUUUUCUAUUUCAGUGGGAAAGUAUCUAACCUCAAAUUCAUUCGUGGCAUCCGAUUUCCUCCCGCAGCCUCUCUGACUAUCCGUAUUCGCUCCUACGGCGAGAUCUCAUUUCCAUGGGACUGGCAUGGACUACUGGCAUCUCUGCAAGAUCAUGGCACCCGGUGCGAUACUGGGCCCAAUGUACGACGCUUGGAAUGCUAUGAAGAUUCACGUAACUUCGCAUUCCACGCGUACGCGACGCCCUGCCUGGAUGACCCCACUCCGCCAUUGCUUCGUUUGAUCAUCGAUGACAAACUCUUUAUCAAUACGGAGCGCGACAUCGACUUCGUGGGCAUGCUUCAACUUGAACAUCUCGAGGUGCUUGGCCUAUGCCUUAGAGAUGGUUUCAAUGAAGACUUGGUCACUCGCAUUCUUAAGCACGGUCAUAACGUGUCCGAGCUUUGGCUUCGCAGUCACUACGCGAGCAAAACGGCUCUUACUCAGCUGGCAAGAUCAUCGCUGAAGCAGGGCAAGAAGAAAGGGCAGUCCACGGAUCCCCCCCUGCUGCCGGAGGUCCGACGCAUUCACGCGAAUUUGGAAGAGCGGCGACCGAGUCAAGAUCUGCUCAGUCGACUCCGAAGCCUCCUGAAACAAAGGUCCAGAAGCGCGAGUGGGCCUCCGGAGCUCAUGCUCGUGAACAGUCGAAUCGACAAGCCCGAGGAGAUCGAGAAACUGCGAACGGCAGCCGGCAGAACGGAGCUUGUGCAGUUGAUGGACGACGCGGACGUGUCCGGAGAAAGCUAUUUCGGUUUACCGGAUGAGACCCCGGAGGAUGAACUUCACUAG